AUGGCAUUUGUCGAUUUUGAGAAAGCCUUCGAUAGUGUCCAUAGACCAACUAUGUGGAGAAUCUUACGGAACUAUGGAAUGCCAGGAAAAUACAUUCGUUUGAUAGAAGAAAUUCAUAAGGGCAGCAUAUGUCGUGUGAGCGUUGAUGGCCAACUUUUCCCAGAAUUCAAUGUCGAGAGUUGGGUGUUGCAGGACUUGGAUUAUGCAAACGAUGUAGUACUGAUGAGCAGAUCCAUUCAGAAUUUGCAAACUAUUGUUAGCAGACUGGAGGAAAAGGGAAAAGGAGCUGGAGUAACGAUUAAUGUUAGAAAAACAGAGGUUAUGAAAGCAGACCAAGAAUUUGAAGGGAACAUUGAGGUGCAGGACCAAAUUAUGGGAGAAGUUCCUGUUUUCAAGUAUUUGGGGACACUCGUCAAAAAUCAGGAUCACUUGCAGAUGAGUUUAGGACGGCAUAAGAAGAGGUCAUCAAG